GGUCCUGGAGCCCGAAGGACAAGUUCAGCUACAUCGGCCUCUCGCAGAACAACCUGCGGGUGCACUACAAAGGUCAUGGUAAAACCCCCAAAGAUGCAGCAUCUGUCCGAGCUACACAUCCAAUACCAGCAGCCUGUGGGAUUUAUUAUUUUGAAGUAAAAAUUGUCAGUAAGGGAAGAGAUGGCUACAUGGGAAUUGGUCUUUCUGCUCAAGGUGUGAACAUGAAUAGACUACCAGGUUGGGAUAAACAUUCAUAUGGUUACCAUGGGGAUGAUGGACAUUCGUUUUGUUCUUCUGGAACUGGACAACCAUAUGGACCAACUUUUACAACUGGUGAUGUCAUUGGCUGUUGUGUUAAUCUUAUCAACAAUACCUGCUUUUACACGAAGAAUGGACAUAGUUUAGGUAUUGCUUUCACCGACUUACCGCCAAAUUUGUAUCCUACUGUGGGGCUUCAGACACCAGGAGAAGUGGUUGAUGCCAAUUUUGGGCAACAUCCUUUUGUAUUUGAUAUAGAAGACUACAUGCGAGAAUGGAGAACCAAAAUACAGGCUCAGAUAGACCGGUUUCCCAUUGGGGAUCGAGAAGGAGAAUGGCAGACCAUGAUACAAAAAAUGGUUUCCUCUUAUUUAGUCCACCAUGGGUACUGUGCCACAGCAGAGGCCUUUGCCAGAUCUACAGACCAGACUGUUCUAGAAGAAUUAGCAUCCAUUAAGAAUAGACAAAGAAUUCAGAAGUUGGUGUUAGCAGGACGAAUGGGAGAAGCCAUUGAAACAACACAACAGUUAUACCCAAGUUUACUUGAAAGAAAUCCCAAUCUCCUUUUCACAUUAAAAGUACGUCAAUUUAUAGAAAUGGUGAAUGGUACAGAUAGUGAAGUGCGGUGUUUGGGAGGCCGAAGUCCAAAAUCUCAAGACAGUUACCCUGUCAGUCCUCGGCCUUUUAGCAGUCCAAGCAUGAGUCCCAGCCAUGGAAUGAGUAUCCACAGUUUAGCACCAGGCAAAAGCAGUUCUGCACAUUUUUCUGGUUUUGAAAGUUGUAGCAAUGGUGUAAUAUCAAAUAAAGCACAUCAAUCAUAUUGCCAUAGUAAACACCAGUUAUCGAGUUUGAAUGUACCAGAGCUAAACAGUAUCAAUGUGUCAAGAUCACAGCAAGUUAAUAACUUCACCAGUAAUGAUGUAGACAUGGAAACAGAUCACUACUCCAAUGGAGUUGGAGAAACUUCAUCCAAUGGUUUCCUAAAUGGUAGCUCUAAACAUGACCACGAAAUGGAAGAUUGUGACACCGAAAUGGAAGUUGACUCCAGUCAGUUAAGACGCCAGCUCUGUGGAGGAAGUCAGGCUGCCAUAGAAAGAAUGAUCCACUUUGGCCGAGAGCUACAAGCUAUGAGUGAGCAGCUCAGGAGAGAAUGUGGCAAGAACACAGCAAAUAAAAAAAUGCUGAAGGACGCAUUCAGUUUGCUAGCAUAUUCAGAUCCUUGGAACAGUCCAGUUGGAAACCAACUUGACCCGAUUCAGAGAGAACCUGUGUGCUCAGCUCUUAACAGUGCAAUAUUAGAAACCCACAAUCUGCCAAAGCAACCUCCACUUGCCCUAGCAAUGGGACAGGCCACACAAUGUCUAGGACUGAUGGCUCGAUCAGGAAUUGGAUCCUGUGCAUUUGCCACAGUGGAAGACUACCUACAUUAGCUAUGCACUUCAAGAGCUCACACUUACAUUGUGGCAAAUAGUCAACAUGGAAGUAGACCGGCUCUGCUGAUUUGAAAUUUAGAUUUUUUUAAUUAUGUACUGGGGACAGGUUUUUGUCGCUUUACAUUGCUUCCUAGUUUACAGCAUGAUGCAAAUGAUUUUCUAACUUAGUGUUAGGAGAAAAUAUUUUCCAUCUUUUAACCUCUUAGUUGUCUAAGAGUUAAAUAUUACUGAAUUUCAGACGUUCAAAUUGAUCAUCAGAAAUCCUUUAAAACAAUUAUCUAAAAGAAACCAAAAAUCCUGCCUUCUUUGUUGGGGGGAGAAGGGGGAAGGAAAUGGAACAAGUUGUGUUUGUGUUAGCAUGUGGGUGAUGUAAACUACAAAUUGGGAGCUGUUCCGACCCCCGCUCCUGUGUAAGCAUUCAAUCAGUGUAACUUGCAAAAUGCAUAAACAUCCGACAGUUUGAAUUUAAUAGUGUUGAUGGAAGAAAUCAUUUUUAAUGUGUACUGUAAAACUUGAAAUACUCAGGAGCUGAGUGAGUAUGUUUGUUGCUACUUACAAUCCCGACCUGUUAGUCCCAGUAGUUUUGUUUUAACAUGGUCUUUUUCAACUUUGUUUCCUGUUUAACUACAGAUGACUUCUGUUGUAGACUCACAAGUUUAACUGUUGUAUUAUAACAGUAUUACAUGUCAACAGUGUGGUUAUGACCUUUAUUUAUAUAAAAACCAAAUAUUUAGUCAAUUUACCGUGUCUUAAUUUAAUCUUUGUACACCUUCCAUUUUUAAGUGCUUAAAUGAGUACUAUAUUGCAAUAAAAAUGUAGUGAUAUAAUUAACCAGCCAUUAAAAAUUUACUUCUACAGA